GUAAUGUGUGUAUGUGUGUGUACGAGAUUACGGCAACAGUGUACACUUACUGUAAUUAUCUACGACCAAGAUGACCUAUUUCAUAUCAACAGAUGAGUGUGUGUAUGUGUGGAUGGGUGAAUGUGUGUAGUGGGAGCAGUAUUUAAUGCAUCCAGACGCUUAAAAGUGGUGCGAAAAAUACAAAUUACACAGAAAAGUGACAAAUUCAUGUUUUAUCAUUGUUUAUCGUCCUAUUUUAAGUUAUAAAUAAAUAUAGAAGUUGCAAAUGUAAUCAAACUGAAAUUUCAUUUGGUAUAAAACAGUCUGUAUAUUUAUCAUCAAUGUUUCACAAAUUCCUUCUAAUUUGGAUACUGUUGUACUAUGGCUUUGGUCGAGUUGUUUAUGGAGACGAAAAAAGACUUCAUCGUUUUAAAAGAAUCAUUGGGGGACAAUCGGUGCCACGUGGUACCUAUCCAUGGGCAGCAUCAAUUCAAGCUAAACGGCACACAUCGUGGACAACUUUAGUAACAGGCACAGAACAACACUACUGUGGUGCUGCAUUAAUUCGUCCUGAUUGGGUAAUCACAGCUGCUCAUUGUCUGUAUGAUAGAGAAGAUGAUGAAAUGAUAAGUUAUCUAAAUCCUAAAAUGUGGCAUGUUCGAAUGGCGACAGAAAAACUAAAUCCUGGAAUCUUGGAACGUCUUAAAGGUGCUUUUAAUCGGGUGUUCAAUUCAAUUUUUGGGCACGUGAAACCUCAGACAUUUUAUCAUGUCGAUGAGAUUUUUCAUCAUCCUAAAUAUGAACCUGGAAAUUUGGAGUACGAUAUUGCUCUUUUUAAGCUAAAAGAAACACCAGUAUUGUGGAAAAUAAAUCAUUUGGAUUUGAUAGAACUACCAGGAGACGAUAUUGAAGAGGAAUGGCCCAAACCAAACCAGAAGUGUAUAGCUGUUGGUUGGGGAUGUAGUUUUGUCGAUGGACCACCUACAUUGAAAAUUCAAGCCGUAGAACUUCCAGUACUACAACCGCACACUUGCAAGUUAAUCUACAUGGCUUAUAUAAAUUUAACUACAGAACAUGAAUUUUGUGCAGGUUAUCACAAUUUCGGGAAAGGUGUAUGUCCGGGUGAUAGUGGUGGGCCGUUAGUCUGUGAAGAUUCAAACGGUGAGUUGAAGUUAGCAGGUAUCGUGUCAGCAACGCAUUCAAAAAUGCCUGCUGAUUAUCCAGCCAUUUUUACUCGGGUCUCCUAUUUCACUCAAUGGAUUAAUACUGUUAUCAAAGAAAAUUCACAUAAGAAAAAAUCAGAUGGAUUCUUUUCAUUUCUUAAAUUAUACAACCAAAAUUGAUGCUAACGCUUAAUUUUUCCAGUUGUGUAAUAAGCAUGUGUUAAUUGUUAUUAUCUUAUAUAUAUACUGGAACCUUUAACUUUGCAUCUUUGAUUUUUUAUAAACAGAAUUUACUGAUUCGUUUUGAUAAAAAAGAUUUUUGACAUCCUUUCUGAUUAUUACGUCGCAUGACCAGGUUGUUAUUGGCGCUAGAAGUCUUCCGACACUAAUGAUUUUUGAAGAUAGUCUAUUGACUAAAUUGAUUACUAAUAUGAAUUUUCAAUGUUUCAGUUAGAACUCAUUUUCCGUAGAAAAGAAGAUGUGGUUAUCCUAGAUCAAUGUAAUUAGUAUGUGAUAACUUGUAUGACAAAAAUAGAAAAUACUAGGCCUGUUCACCAUUGUGCACUCCAACACACACAAAAACAAGUACAUACAGCACCCAAUACAUAGAAUUGAAUAUCAACCCUGCAUAUCGCUGUCAGACAGAAUCCAUUCUAUUGUUUACAUUUUGUUUUACUUUUAAAUGUGUUUACCUAAUCUGAAAAUUGAUGUAAAUGUAUCGAGGAGAGGGAUAUUGCAUUGUUUGUUGUACCAUAAGGAGCUUUAUUACUGUAGCAUUCACAGUUCAUAUAAAAGCAAUUAAAUUGUGAAG